AUGACAGCUAAGUGGAUCUUGAAAUUGAGAAACAAACGCCAGCAGAGAAAGGAGGCCAGAGCACUCAAAAAAGCAAAAAAGAACAAAAAAUCUAGUCCUCAAAGUGAAAUUCCGAAAGAAGAGGGCGUACCUCGUGAACCAGAGCAGGAAAAGGAGAAAGAGUCGACGAGUGAUUCAUCCUCCGAGGACGAGUCAAGUGACUCAGAAUCUUCUAGCUCUGAAGAAUCUUCCGACUCCGAAAGCUCCUCUUCAGAUUCUGAUGACGACUCCUCCAGCUCUGAUGAAUCUUCAAGUUCAGAUGAAUCAUCUAGUUCAAGUGACAGCGAAUCUUCCUCUGAGAGUGACAGUUCUGAGUAG